AUGUCUGGCCAGAGUCUCGACCGGUUUCGGGGGCGACAGCGCGGUAAUGAGCGCGUUACUUCUCUAAGACAGCGGUUCGAGGAGUCGGCAGGGUCGGCAGGUCCGAGCAGCCCUCAAGACUCGAAUUCAUCGCAUCAACGGACCAUGCUCACUGGCGAGCAGCGAAUCCCUCUCCGCGACCGCCUAGUCAUGAUCAAGGCGCGUGUCGCCGCAGCAUCGUCUUCUGCUUCCUCUCCAUUUUCAACUUCCUCGUUCAGCUCAUCCGACGGCUCGCGACCUGCCACGCCCCAGCAGCAGCCCAAGACCCCCGACUACUGCCCUCCAGAGCCUCGGCAGCAGCCCAGGUCUCGCCGCAAGAUCCGCGAGCGUGUGAGUGCCGAGCGCCUGCACGCAAGUUCCUGCGACUACGCGGAUAUCAUGCUCGACCGCCGGGCCAAUGAUGUGGGAGACUGUGACGACUGGUUUGCCUAUACGGAAAAGGCGCUUCCCUGCCUCCCCCUUGCCAUUCGUCGCCGCUCUCCACUGCACAACAGUGUCAUGCCAGAUUGGUGGGAUCAGGUAAGCUUUUCGGAUUUUGAAGACCAAGAAGACGGCGAAGAGGGUACGGGUGCCGAAAUGAGACGUCAUCUUAAUACUUUCCAUCGAGGAAAUGUGAAUGUUGAUCACGGUAAGCAAGAGUUCAAUGAGGAAAGACUCAAGAGUGCUUACGUCAAUGGCAGGAUUGAUGGAACCCUUGCCGACCUCAACCCGUGUCUGAUUUCGGUGAUUGAAGAAAACAGGAAAAAGAUCGAUGAUAAAGGCAGCAAGGGAGCCUCUUCAGCCGAUGAGAUGAUGAGCUAUCUGUACGGCGCGAUUGACCAGGAACUACCAGCGUGGGAGUCACAACAGCGGCGCUGCGAAAACGACCCUGGUCGCAUUCUACGAAUGUAA